GACAGUUCUGUUUUCGACUCGCCGUCUUGCAAUACUGGGCACACUUGGAGCAACCAGCAGACUGCGCUCGUGAUUGUGCACAUUUGAGACUUGUCAUCGGUGACUCCAAGUAACUCCGAAGAAGGAAUGCUCGUUCGAUCUGUCACAAUAACGGGGAAAUUCUGUUGCUGAAGACAAAAACUGUCAGUGUAGAACACAUAAGAAUGGACAGGCUGUUGCGAUUAGGCGGUGGAAUGCCAGGCCUAAAUCAAGGGCCACCACCCUCUGAUGCACCCGUUGUGGACACAGCUGAGCAGGUAUACAUAUCGUCCUUGGCUCUUCUGAAAAUGCUUAAGCACGGCCGUGCCGGAGUACCGAUGGAAGUGAUGGGUUUGAUGCUGGGUGAAUUUGUUGAUGAUUAUACCGUUCGCGUUAUCGACGUCUUUGCUAUGCCACAAACAGGAACGGGUGUUAGUGUAGAAGCGGUAGAUCCAGUGUUCCAAGCAAAGAUGUUGGACAUGCUAAAACAAACUGGUCGGCCAGAAAUGGUGGUUGGCUGGUAUCAUUCCCAUCCAGGAUUUGGAUGCUGGCUGUCUGGAGUAGACAUUAAUACACAACAGUCCUUCGAAGCUCUUAGUGAAAGAGCGGUAGCUGUUGUCAUUGAUCCUAUACAAUCAGUGAAAGGAAAAGUUGUUAUCGAUGCAUUUAGACUAAUAAAUCCAAACAUGAUGGUUUUAGGACAAGAACCCAGACAAACGACAUCGAAUUUAGGUCACCUACAGAAGCCGUCUGUUCAAGCGUUAAUACACGGAUUGAAUCGGCAUUAUUACAGUAUUAGUAUUAAUUAUCGCAAGAACGAACUGGAACAAAAGAUGCUGCUGAAUCUUCAUAAAAAAACAUGGAUGGAUGGUCUUACUCUUGCCGAAUAUUCAGAACAUAGUCGACUCAAUGAGAAUAUCGUUUCCGAGAUGCUUGAACUCGCGAAGAAUUAUAAUAAGGCCUUGGAAGAGGAGGAAAAAAUGACACCAGAGCAAUUAGCGAUAAAGAAUGUGGGCAAGCAAGAUCCGAAACGGCAUCUGGAAGAGAAGGUCGACACAUUAAUGGCUACAAAUAUUGUUCAAUGCUUGGGAGCUAUGCUCGAUACAGUUGUAUUCAAAUAACUGUUUUCCAAUACAUCACUUGCAAUAUGAUAUUUAAAGGAAAUAUACAUCUUUUUAAAAUAGAAA